AUGGCAGACCCCUACACCAAACUGUUGAAUCUUCUCUCAAAAUUUGAUGACCCCGGGAAAUUUGGGUCGUUCAAAGUUUUCAAGACUAGCUACAAGUCUUCCAACGAUGAUCUCUUCCGGAUCGAUGCGGAUGUACUAAUCCCCUGGGCCUUGCUUUCCAGCCAAGGAAAGUCAAAAUGUCCAGUCAUGGUGCGGAUCCAUGGUGGAUUCUUGGUGACUGGAUCCAGCAGUUAUCCUCCUUGGUUCGCCAAUUGGACGUUGGAAUACGCCAUUUCUAAAAGCGCCAUCAUUGUGGCGCCUAACUAUCGUUUGCUGCCUGAAGCAAGCGGCAAGGAUAUGAUGGAGGACAUGGACGAUUUCUGGCGGUGGCUACGAAGCCCACUGUUCACUGCGCUUAGCUACCCAUCGGAAAUUCGUGCUAUUGUUGGAGCCUACCCAAUUCUGGACGUCGAAUCGAGAUUCUACACGGAGGCAUAUCCCAAACCAAUAAUCGGAGUACCCAACAUCCCAGUCGAAGUUCUGGAGGCACAUCUUUCAAACAUGCGGACCACACACUCGCCAACUGUGGUCACUGCAGCGGACCCUCCCGAUCGCCUCGAGUUGGCAUUUUCGGUAUUCCAAAAUGGUCGAUUUGUCGAGUUACUUGGGGCAGAUAAUGUGGAUCUCUUCCCAAUGAAGCGAGUCAAAGCUUUGGCGGCUGCUGGAAGACUACGUUUGCCCCCAACUUUCAUCUUCCAUGGGAGACAGGACUCCGCCGUGCCCUGUGAGGGCUCGCAGCGCUUUGUUGAUCUGGUCAGGGAGAAGUUACCCGAUGCAUCCAUCAAUUUUCACGUACUGGAUGGUGACCAUGGGGUCGACUUCGAGGCAACCCUGGCUACAGAUUGGUUGCAUCAGGGCUUGAGUAUGAUAACAAGUGCUUGGGAUGGAUCAAUGAAGGCAGACUCAAAUCUAUAG